AUGUUGGAUAGGACCCACACAGGGACUGCAUAUUACAGGGGGAGCACUAGGUGGUCCCCCUCCGCAGUCACCUCCUGAGGGACUGGUUUAGGGCCUCAGCAGUAGCCAUCUUGGAGCAUUUGAGUUCAGGCUUCCUAUUUGUGUAUCCAGAGGAGUUCAGGCUUAGGGGGGAGAGUGCUGUCCACGUGGGUCACAGAGCAGAGCCACUGCAGGGCCAAUGACAGACUCUGACAGACUCUGGGCCCUCUCCCCAGACUGCAGCCACACCCCACCACAGGAACCCAGUAGCCUACUAUGGAAGUGGACACGCACCCUUGGUCAGACAGCUUCAUCCACCUUCCCCAACCGCAUCCCAAGCGUGGAAAACUACUCCAGAUGAGCACUCCAAUAAAGUUUUAUAUUUUGUGUACUUUGGCGACUCCCCUCUGCCUCCCUGUCCCCGUCCCUGCCUCCCACCCUAAACCCUCAGCUCUUAAGCCCUUUCUAGGAAGGACCCAGAAAGCAGCGCCCACCUGCCCAGGUGAGGCCUGCCACCUAGUGGACUCAAGGGGAACAGCAUGACCCCGAGGCCGACCUGAGGCUUAAGGGGAUUCCAAACCCUUCUUCCUCUGUGGGGAGAACACCUGCUUCGAGAACUGGAGAGAGUCAACUCACACUUCAGGUUGAGUGCGAGUCACACCUGAGAUGGGGGGAGGGGGGAGGCCUGGUGAGCUGGCCGAGGAGGGACUCCCGGAAAGCGUGGUGGCCUUCAAGUCCAGCAGAGACAGCCCAGAACCAGUUAACAGCUUUGCCCUUGAGACCUCAGUGGGACGCCACCAGUGGCUGCAAACGGGCUGAGGGCUGACCGCGCCACUGAAUCCCACAACCUGUAAGAUCUAAGGCGGCUGGCUCUCCGGCCCCGCCCCCAGGCCUUUGACCCUUGCCUAGUCCCUCCCCUGUCCUCCAGAGACACCUUUGACCGGUGAUAUCAUUGGGUCUGUCCCAGCCGCAGACCCGGCCCGAGGCUGGAUUCCUGGAGGCUGCCAUGUUCUCCCUGCCUUUCCUCUCCUCCUGGCUGCCCAGCCUCCCUUCCUUCGACUGGGGUUCCAGUCUCUUCGACAGCCUCCUGCAAGGCCUGAUCGGGGCCCUCGGAGUCUGGAUUCUUAACAGUCUCCUGAAAGUUUAUUUCUUCGUGGCCUGUGUCAAUGACCCCCAGCGGCAGCCCCAAAAGCAGCGGCUGCGAGCACAGUGGGCCUCAUUGGAGAUGGUGCAUCUGGCUGGUCUGGCCCUGUUCCUGAUGCUGAUAGGGGCCCGGGUAGCCGCCCUCGUGGUCUUGGAGUUCUCCCUCCGGGCUGUGUCCACACUGCUGUCCCUGGGCAAGGGCUCCGGGGACAAGGAGCGGCUGCAGCUCUUCCUGGUGUGUCAGUUCUCCCUGGGCUGUGGGCUAAGCUGCGGCCUGAGCUUCCUGCAGGAAGGCGCCCCGCACCGCUCCCUGAACCUGCUGUUGAGCCUGGGGCUGGCUGCCCUCCUUGGCCUGGGUGCCCGGCGCCUAAACCGCCACAUCUGCAGCCUCUAUGAACUGCACAGCAGCCAGCGCUACUGCGGAGUCUGCUUGGGCCUGCUGGCCAGCCAGCACGGCAUGCCCAGGUUCCUGGGCCGCACUCUGGCAGUGGCCUUUGCUGUGAGUGAUCUGGCUGCUGUGGCCGUCAUUAACAAGGACUUCCUGAGCUCGUCAGAGGCCGUGCGAUUCUGGACUCCGCUAACCAUCUGUUACACGCUGCUGGUCAUCUACAUGCAGGAUGAACAGCGGCAACAUCGCUUCAGCCUACAGGGCCAGAUCCAGACGGUGCUGGUGCGCAUGGGUGGCCUCUUCGUUCUGUUGAUGACCGUGGGCCGCUGGCUGGACCUCCUGGGCAUCUUUGUCUCCCUUUUGGGCGAGCUCUGGUGCUUAGCAGGUAUUCGUGUCUUAAUCGACCUCUGCCAGAUACAGGGCUUUCCACCCCAGAGGCCUACAGUAACAGCAGCAGUAGCAGCAGAAGGAGAAUCAAGACAGACAGGUCCAUGCGAGCCCCGGCGGCCUUCCACACCUGCCCCAGCCAGAAGCGCCGUCCCCUCCUGACUUGCCCUGCGGAGGAAGUGAAGUCAGUUCCAGGCCUGCACAGGCUAGCCAGCAAAGUCUGGACCACAAGGCGUAGCCUGAAGAUUGAGUGACAGAGCUGGUCCCCACCUAGACUUUCGGGCAGGCCAUGGGGGUCUCUGUUGAAAGGGGGUGGCCAGGGCAGGGGACCUAGAGAGGCAGGAACAUGAAGGCCUCUGAAUCCCUCUCUCUUGAAGAUGGGCAGCUUCAUCAGAGCCACUUUUCCUGGCCGGGCAAGAGGACCAGAGGACAAUUGUGACCUCAGAAUGACCCCUGCUCUCUGGCCACCCCUCCCUCACCUU